GCAUAACUAAUGGCGCCCGUGAGAGGAAGUUGAAUGAAAGAAACACCUAGGCUUUUUAUUAUUUACUUUUUGAUAUUUAACGUGAACAGUGCAAAAACCAAUGGCGAACACCAACAGCAAUAUGUUUGAUCUCUCUGAUCUGACACCUGAAGAGCAACAGCUUCUGGAAACCAUUCGAGAGAGGAAACAAAAGCUCCUAAAAGAAAUCCAGGAACUCAAAGAUGAAAUAGCUGAGGUUUCCAAUGAAAUGGAGACCAUAGAGGUCUCAGAUGAGAGCAAAAACAAUCCCAAGAAUAAACAGAUGUCCAUUGGGAAGAAGAAGUUUAACAUGGAUCCAAAGAAGGGCAUUGAGUACCUGAUUGACCAUCAGCUCCUUAACAAUGACCAUCAGGAAGUUGCCAAGUUUCUGUAUCAGGGAGAGGGACUGAACAAAACAGCUAUAGGGGACUACUUAGGGGAACGGAAUGACUUUAAUAUAUCCGUUCUGAAGUCAUUUGUAAAUGAACAUGAAUUCUCGGACAUGAUUCUGGUUCAGGCAUUGAGGCAAUUUUUAUGGAGUUUCCGUUUGCCAGGAGAGGCACAAAAGAUUGACAGGAUGAUGGAGUGUUUUGCUGAGAGAUACUGUGAGCUCAACCCGGGAGUUUUUACCAGUACAGACACCUGUUACGUGUUGUCAUUUGCCAUCAUCAUGCUGAACACCAGUCUCCAUAAUCCCAGUGUUAAAGAUAAACCAACCGUGGAGAGAUUCAUCUCAAUGAACCGUGGCAUCAACGAUGGUGGGGAUCUACCACCUGAACUACUCACAAGUUUGUAUGAAAGCAUCAAGAAGGAACCCUUUAAGAUUCCAGAGGAUGAUGGGAAUGACUUGAUGCAUACUUUCUUUAACCCUGACAAGGAAGGCUGGUUGUGUAAACAAGGGGCCAAAAAAAUCAGUGGAAGAAUAAAGAACUGGAAGAGAAGGUGGUUCAUUCUCAAUGACAACUGCUUGUAUUACUUCCAGUUCACAACAGAUAAGGAGCCCAAAGGAAUCAUUCCUUUAGAGAAUAUCUCAAUCAGGGAGGUACCAACAGACAAAGCCAACAAACCGUUCAGCUUUGAGCUGUUUGCCACAGGACAGGACAUCAUUAAGGCUUGUAAGGUUGACAAGGAAGGAAAGGUUGUAGAAGGAAAACACAAUGUUUACAGAAUGUCAGCUGCCAAUGCAGACGAGAAGGAUGAAUGGAUACGCUGUAUAAGACAAAGUAUAAGUGAGAAUCCAUUUUACGACAUGUUGGCAGCAAGAAGAAAGAAGGCAGCUCAUGUGAAAUGAACAGUUGUCUUUCUUGACCAAUUGAGGCCCAGAAAAUAUUAACCAAUUUCAGUUAACCAGUGAUUCGUAUUGCCAUCGUGGACCCUUGGAGCAUAUGUUUAUAUAUAAAUAUACUGAAGCAUACUCAGAAAUCUGUACUAUUUUAUUUUCACCAGACACUAACAUGAUUUGCCGCAUAUGAACAUGCCUCAAUUUCUUGUGCGAUUUAAUUGUGAGAGAAUCCACUUUUUUUCAGCAUCGCUAGUCUGUGAUACUUCUCAUGAUAAUUAAAUAUACUAGAAUUGCUUUUAUUUAAUGAUAUAAUUGAUCUUAGAAAGUAGAUAUUUUUUGAUCAUUUAAUUCUUGCUAAACACAGAAGUCAGUGAACAUAUCGGUUUACUAAGGUGUGUUUUCUUUUUUUUUUCAAUGCAAAUAAGGUGCAAUUUUUUUAAAGCCAGUGUGAAUUGUCAUUACUUAUUUAAUAUAAGGAUUUAUCUGAAAAAAAAAUGCUCAUUUUGAAAAGUGGUGUAAUUGUGCUUGCAAUAUUUAUUCCUGAUAAUUUAAAACAAAAACCAAAAAAAAAAAAAAAAAUUAUGCCAGCAUAGCAUUAACAAGUUUUUUUCUAAACGUAUUUUCAAUUGGGGAAGGAAUUAGAUUUUUGUGUAUUGGAUUAAAGACAAAAUAAUAAUAUUUUUUUAAAUUCAGCUACUGAGCCUUCAAGUAUAGAUGAUUAUUCAAAGUUGCUCUUUCUACAUUUUGUAAUGUUUUGGGUAUAGUAAAUAGUCUGUCAGAAGUACAUUUACAUAAAACAUAUUUUUUAAUAAUAAUUUGUUCUGUAAAUUUGUUUCAUGUUAAAAAAAAUCCCUUAUCAGCAGGAGUAAUUUUUCUGUGAUAUUCACAUGGUAACUUCUCAACAGAGGAUGUUCUAGUCCUGCAAUCACAGCAUUGUAUUACUUGUAACUCAUUAUGUACAUAAACAUUUUUAUUUUCAUGCAACUAUAAUUGUCACCCACAUGUAUUUGUGUAUUUGAUAUAGAAAAUAACUGAUUAAUAAACGAGAUUGGACAUUAAAA